AUGCGCGGUGCUUUGUGCUGGAACGGGACCGACGACCUGGAGAUGGACAACUUCUUCGGAGCGGUCCGGGGCUCAAUGACCAUGGAGCGCGAGAAGGAGACGGACGCAAAUCACCCAAAACGACGCAGGGAGGCGGGCUCAUCCUCCGAGCAUUGGGGGCGAGGGCGGUACCAGUACGGACAGCAUCCGAAUCAGUGGGGAGAGCACCACCACCACUCCAACCACGGCCGGGACCCACUGGUCUACUCCCUUGCCAAGUUGGCCCUGAAACAGGAGGAAGAACUCAAGCUACUGCAGCAGGACACUUCAAUGGUCCUCUGGUUCAGCUCGGGAGGGGACUCCAUCCUAGGCCAGCUAUAUCGUACGGCAGUGGAGUUCAAGAAACGACAGCAGGCGGAACCGACAUGGGGUCUGGCUCAUGUCCCCCUGAAGCAAGUGAUGGCCCAAGCUAUGUUCCGGGAGCUGCGAGACCGACACCAGAAGGUCCUGAACACCCCAGACUCGUUGAAAAGGGCGACGGAUAUGGGAUGGCGGGAGACAGGGGGUUGGAGAUACCAAGUUUGGAACCCCAAACUCAAAGCCCUCGAACACGACCAAAGCCGGCCACCGGUUCCAGACACGGAGAUGUCGAACAAGCUUCAGCACUUCGUGGAUCACAUCAGGCGCGAUGUGGUACAUCGCUUCCAUUGCACACAGCGCAUGACGGAAACCAUGGAGAGCAAGAAAACGUUCAAGCUGGAUCUGUCAGUGCGGAACAAGCAUGCGGAGGAGGUAUGGGACCUGAUGGUGGAGUUGCAGGGGAGCUGUGUUUUCCAGCUGAUUGGACUGGGCUACAGGAAGGAGAAACUGGCCAGGGCUCCGCUUGCUCAGAAUAUCCACGAGAUGUCCAAAGCUGGCGAGAACUUGUCAGUGGUUGGGCAGAAGUGCAUCGGCAACAUGACGUUGGAGAAUUUCUCGGCUAUCUACUAUCACGCUUGUAAGCGCCGCUCUUCCAGGGGAUCUGGCAUGCUCGAUGCCUGGUUGAGCGUGCAAAAUCUUUUGGAUAACUGGAGGCGAGAUAGGGAUCGCACCAUGGGCUUUAUGCAGAAACCGGAGGUGUUCGCUCUACAUCUUAUGCGCUUUCAACAGAAACAAGGCCACACCCUCAAAAUGAGAACGGAGGUGCACAUUGAUGUCCAGAUCCGAGUGCCGCUCUUUGAGUAUGCAGACAGGCUCGUCACGACAGAAACGGAGUAUACCCUCGGUGCUUACAUCAUUCAUCAUGGAUUGUCGCCUCGCACAGGCCACUACACCACUGCUUUACGGCAUCAAGAUGAGUUCUGGCACUGUGAUGAUGCCAAACAGGCUUCAAUGUUCACCGCUCCUCCGAAAUCUCAUCUCCGAGACUGCUAUGUGCUUUUCUAUCAUCGUGCGAAGCACAGCGACAGUGUGGCAACGUGCGUUCACCAUGCUAGUCAAGGCUCUGCGGAGCGGUGGUGA